AUGGAUCCUCGUGACCCCCUCUUAGCACUCUACAAAGCCUAUACCGACCCACAGAUGGCUCAGUCCUCCAAGAGCGUUAACGCAGUUUCCCCACCCGCCGACGUAGAUACGAGUCUACCACCUAAUGAUACCGACUUCAUAGGCCCAAAAGCCGAGAGUUCACUCGUUGGCUCUGCUGCUGUCGCGACUGGUGAUGGUGCCGGGGCAUCAAGAGAGUCAACCCCUAAUCCGACGGCUAUGUCCUGUUACAUUGCUCGACAGAUAUUUUAUGCGAAUGCGAUCACCGUACAGACUGUCUUUACUGACAACACUGAGGAUGACGUUCUUGAUGAACUAGUCUUCCGUAUCUUCUCGACCACGAAUCUAUCGCACUUGCUCAAUAAAAUUGAACGCUAUCGAGGUCUGCCGAGGGAUAGUUGUGUGUUUUAUCAUCAUGGUAGACGGGUUGUGAGAGGAAUGGAUUUGCCAUCUGGAAUGUACUUCUAUUGCUGUCGCAACUUCAUCAUUAAGUUGAAGGCUCACGUUAGAGGUGGGGCGUGUACACGCAGUUUUAAGCGGUUUUUGAAGGCCCAGGAUUACAGGAAAGGGAUGUUCUAUUGA